UUACCGGCCCCUGCCAGCUCCCUCUUCCCCUACCAUUGGGAGGUGGGGUGGGUCCGGGCUGCAGACUGACACAGGGACUGAGACCUGUUCAUCGCAUGCUUACUGUGUGCAGGGCCAUGUGCCAGGCACUGGGGACACAGCAGGAUCCAGGUGGACCCACCUUGUGCACGGGCUCACGGCACUGACCAAGCGAGCAGAUGAACACCCAUUUCAGAAGCCGAUGGAUGAUGAAAGCGAAGCAAGGCAGGCUGUGCUCAUGGAGCCACCAAGCGAGGAGACGCCCCUGAUCGCUCAGCGCUCCUGCAGCCUCUCGUCUUCAGAGGCCGGUGCUCUGCAUGUGCUGCUGCCCCCUCGGGGCCCUGGGCCCCCGCAGCGCCUAUCCUUCUCCUUUGGGGACCAUUCAGCUGAAGAGCUGUGUGUUCGGGCUGCUAAGGCCAGUGCCAUCCUGCCCGUGUACCACUCCCUCUUUGCUCUGGCCACCGAGGACCUGUCCUGCUGGUUCCCCCCAAGCCACAUCUUCUCUGUGGAGGAUGCGGGCACCCAGGUCCUUGUCUACAGACUCCGCUUUUACUUUCCCAACUGGUUUGGGCUAGAGAAGUGCCACCGCUUCGGGCUACGAAAGGACUUGGCCAGCGCCAUCCUUGACCUGCCAGUCCUGGAGCACCUCUUCGCGCAGCACCGCAACGAUCUGCUGAGCGGCCGCCUCCCCGUGGGCCUUGGCCUCAAGGAACAGGGCGAGUGUCUCAGCCUGGCCGUGCUGGACCUGGCCCGGAUGGCCCGUGAGCAGGCGCAGCGGCCUGAAGAGCUGCUGAAGACCGUCAGCUACAAGGCCUGCCUGCCCCCCGGCCUGCGCGAUCUGAUCCAGGGCCUGAGCUUCGUGACUCGGAAGCGUAUCCGGAGGACCGUGCGCCGGGCCCUGCGCCGCGUGGUCGCCUGCCAGGCUGACAGGCACUCGCUCAUGGCCAAGUACAUCAUGGACCUGGAGCGGCUGGACCCGGCCGGGGCCGCCGAGACCUUCCUCGUGGGCCUCCCCGGGGGUGCUGGUGGUCAGGACGCGCCCGGGCUGCUCCGCGUGGCUGGUGGCAGCGGCAUUGCCUGGAGCCCGGGCGGAGACGAGGCCCUCCAGCCCUUCUGCGACUUUCCAGAAAUCGUGGACAUCAGCAUCAAGCAGGCCCCGCGCGUUGGCCCGGCCGGGGAGCACCGUCUGGUCACCGUCACCAGGACAGACAACCAGAUCCUGGAGGCCGAGUUCCCGGGGCUGCCCGCGGCCUUGUCCUUCGUGGCGCUCGUGGACGGCUACUUCCGGCUGACAGCCGACUCCCGGCACUUCUUCUGCAAGGAGGUGGCGCCCCCGCGGCUGCUCGAGGAGGUGGCCGAGCAGUGCCACGGCCCCAUCACCCUGGAUUUUGCAGUUAACAAGCUCAAGACUGGGGGCUCGCUUCCGGGCUCCUACGUUCUCCGCCGCAGUCCCCAGGAUUUUGACAGCUUCCUCCUCACUGUCUGUGUCCAGACCCCCCUGGGCCCUGAUUACAAGGGCUGCCUCAUCCGGUGCGACCCCACGGGAACCUUCUCCCUGGCUGGCCUCGGGCGUCCCCAUAGCAGUCUUCGAGAACUCCUGGCAGCCUGCUGGGAUGGUGGCCUGCAUGUGGACGGAGUCGCGCUGAACCUCACCUCCUGCUGCACCCCUAAACCCAAAGAAAAGUCCAAUCUGAUUGUGGUCCGGAGAGGGUGCACCCCACCCACGCCAUCCCUGGUUCAACCCCCAUCCCGCUGCCAGCUGAGUCAGAUGACGUUUCACAAGAUCCCGGCUGACAGCCUGGAGUGGCACGAGAACCUGGGUCAUGGGUCCUUCACCAAGAUUUACCGGGGUCAUCGCCACGAGGCCGUGGACGGGGAGGCCCGGGAGACAGAGGUGCUGCUGAAAGUGAUGGAUGCCAAGCACAAGAACUGCAUGGAGUCGUUCCUGGAAGCAGCGAGCUUGAUGAGCCAAGUGUCCUACCAGCACCUCGUGUUCCUGCAUGGCGUGUGCAUGGCUGGAGACAGCAUCAUGGUGCAGGAAUUUGUCCGCCUGGGGGCGCUGGACACAUAUCUGCGCAAGUGUGGCCAUCUGGUGCCGGCCAGCUGGAAGCUGCAGGUGAUCAAACAGCUGGCCUAUGCCCUCAACUAUCUGGAAGACAAAGGCCUUCCCCAUGGCAAUGUCUCAGCCCGGAAGGUGCUCCUGGCUCGGGAGGGGGCUGACGGGAGCCCGCCUUUCAUCAAGCUGAGUGACCCUGGGGUCAGCCCUGCUGUGCUAAGCCUGGAGAUGCUCACCGACAGGAUCCCCUGGGUGGCCCCUGAGUGUCUCCAGGAGGCACACACACUUGGCUUGGAGGCUGACAAGUGGGGCUUCGGUGCCACAGUCUGGGAGGUGUUCAGCGGUGUCACGAUGCCCAUCAGCAUGCUGGACCCCGCCAAGAAGCUCCAGUUUUACCAGGAACGGCAGCAGCUGCCAGCCCCCAAGUGGACGGAGCUGGCGCUGCUGAUCCAGCAGUGCAUGGCCUACGAGCGGGGCCUCAGGCCCUCCUUCCGCGGCAUCAUCCGUGACCUGAACAGCCUCAUCACCUCAGAUUAUGAGCUCCUCUCGGACCCCACUCCUGGUGCCCUGGCGCCCCGUGACGGGCUGUGGAAUGGCGCCCAGCUCUAUGCCUGCCAGGACCCCACCAUCUAUGAGGAGAGGCACCUCAAGUACAUCUCGCAGCUGGGCAAGGGCAACUUCGGCAGCGUGGAGCUGUGCCGCUAUGACCCGCUGGGUGACAACACAGGCGCCCUGGUGGCCGUGAAGCAGCUGCAGCACAGCGGGCCAGAGCAGCAGAGGGACUUCCAGCGGGAGGUCCAGAUCCUGCGAGCCCUGCACAGCGACUUCAUCGUCAAGUACCGCGGCGUCAGCUACGGCCCAGGCCGCCAGAGCCUGCGGCUGGUCAUGGAGUACCUGCCCAGCGGCUGCCUGCGCGACUUCCUGCAGCGGCACCGCGCGCGCCUCCACGCCGGCCGUCUGCUCCUCUACGCCUCGCAGAUCUGCAAGGGCAUGGAGUACCUGGGCUCCCAACGCUGCGUGCACCGCGACCUGGCAGCUCGGAACAUCCUGGUGGAGAGCGAGACGCACGUCAAGAUCGCCGACUUCGGCCUCGCCAAGUUGCUGCCGCUCGACAAAGACUACUACGUGGUCCGCGAGCCCGGCCAGAGCCCCAUUUUCUGGUACGCCCCAGAGUCGCUCUCCGACAACAUCUUCUCGCGCCAGUCGGACGUCUGGAGCUUCGGGGUGGUCCUGUACGAGCUCUUCACGUACAGCGACAAGAGCUGCAGCCCCUCGGCCGAGUUCCUGCGCAUGAUGGGCUGUGAGCGAGACGCCCCGGCCCUGUGCCGCCUCCUGGAGCUGCUGGCCGAGGGCCAGAGGCUGCCCGCGCCUCCUGCCUGCCCCGCCGAGGUUCAUGAGCUCAUGAAGCUGUGCUGGGCCCCCAGCCCACAAGACCGGCCGCCGUUCAGUGCCCUGGGCCCCCAGCUGGAGGCGCUGUGGAGUGGGAGCCGGGGGUAGCAGCCGUAGCCUUCCCUGCUUGUUGGGGGAGAAGCCGGCUCACUGUCAUUUCCUAUCUCCUGCACAUAGACCUCCGGGUUCUGGUAUCCAUGGACUGGCUGUGUGACCUUGGGCAGGGAGCUGCCCCUCUCUGGGCCUCUGCUUCAUAGAGACCCCCAUGCGGCAAGUGACAUUGCAUUGGGGGUCACCCCUGGCUUGGGGAACAACAGCAGCCUUGUGGCCUUUGGAGCUUGUAAAGAUUCAAGACACAUGCACCGGUGGGGCCCGCUGAGCCCGCCCCCCCGGAAUGGAGACUGCGAACUGAAACUCCCGUCUGUGCCUCCUCCCCAGGCCGCUGGAGCUUCCUGCCUCUUUUCCGGUGGGGACGUCCCACAGAUUGUGUCUCCUCUCAGGCCCCCGCCCCCCGCCCCGCUCGCUGGAGGAAGCCAAGGGCAAGACCACUGCCUGGUCGGAAACUAGCUUUUGGGAGAGACUGUGUGACGGUUUGGGGCCGUGCACGGGGCUGGGGGAGGCUGGGGUCCCAGCACACCCUAACUGUGCCUGUGUUGUGGGACUGCAGUUUCCCCGCCCGUCCCCUGGCGCCCUUUCUGUCCUGACUUGAGAGUCACUCAAUUGAUGACACUGGAGCCUGACAAGAGCUUUUCAGCAGUGGAGGGAAGGAAAGGCAUUCUUGGCAGAGGGAACAGCAUGGCGAGAGUGAGGAGCUUCAGAGUAUAGAGGUUAAAAGCCCACGUGUCAGAGCCCAUGGUUCUGUCACUUAUUUGCUGAGUGACAGUGGGCAAGUUGCUUCCCCUCUCUGGGCCUCAGUUCUGUCCCGUGUACAAGGGGCAGAGCAACAGUGCUGUGCAGAGUCAACUUCUGGGGCUUGUGAGAAGGUGCCUUGUGCAGGCUGAGCCCCCAUCACUCACUCACCUGCCUGCAAGGCUUUGCUGCCGCUUUUGCCUUCCUGGAAAACUCUUAUUCAUCUCUCAAAACGCCAGCUCUCACCUCCCUGCAGCCUUCCCUGGCAUGCUCUCACCGCUCCCCACCAGCCCUGUUCUUCCCUCUGAUCCUAGGUCUAGGGUGAUGUCCGUGUCCGGCUUUGUCUCCUCUGACCUGGAGGCUCUUGGGGACGGGGCUGGGGUGGACACAGAGGGGACUCGGAGCGUUUGAUGACUGAAUAAAGGAGUUGAGUGGAAAGAA